CUCAUUAAAUGAGUAUAAAUUGUAGAUGGCUUGCGAUGCUACAUAUCGUUUUGUAAAUUGCGUUGCAAAAUGGCCCGGAAGUGUACACGAUUCCCGUGUAUUUAAGGAAUCCUCACUAGCCAGGAUAUUUGAGACUAAUGCGCGCACAGGUUUGAUCUUAGGUGAUUCUGGUUAUGGCUUGAAAAGAUUAUUGAUGGUACCCUACCUGACUCCAUCAAACAAAGCCAAAGAAAACUUCAAUAAUGCAUUGUGUCGUACAAGGGUAACGAUUGAGCAAGCGUUCGGUUUCCUCAAGAGGCGAUUUCCUUGCCUUCAAAUAGGAUUACGAGUUCAGCCAGAACAAGCAUGUUCUAUUGUGAUGGCCUGUGUUGUGCUGCACAAUCUGGGCAUUGAGCGACAGGACAUCUUUGACAUCCCACCGGUCAACAGACAUAUAGUGGACGAGGUCGCAUUGCCAGCUGUGAACGGAGUUCGGAAUGAAGGAAAGGCAGUGCGGGACCAUAUUGCACAGACCUUUUUUUGCAAAUUGAUAAACUGGUAA